ACGGGAUCGUGUUGCUUUCCUCCAUUCAGUAAUUACAGCGCCCGAUGAUGCGAGCAGGCCGAUUCUUUCCAUCCAAUGGUCUGCAGUACAUAGUGACUUACAUUUUAUUCUCCUGAUUUCUAACGCUGACAAGUUUCAGAAAUCUGAUACGCUCAACGCCCGGGACUGAGUUGUCAGACAUCGAGUCCGAGACACUCCUAUCAUCAUCUCACCUUGGCUAUGAUCUCCAUCUCGUCUCUAUCGGCCGCACUGCUCUAUGCUUCGCUCGCCGCUGGUCUGGGACUCGAAGCCGCAUCAGUGACACUCGACUACGGAACGUUCGCCGGCCUGGUGGAUCUCGAGCAGCGCAUCGUCUACUUUCGCGGGGUGCGGUACGCAGAUCCGCCCCAGCGAUGGACGGCUCCGGUGUCUCCGCCGACUGGGCAUUUGGGACAUGUGCAAGCCACCACGGUGGGUGCGCGCAUCAACUCUACAUGCCCGGUUCUUUCAACAUGUCCCAGUACGGCAGCGCGUGCAUCUCGAACACACAGACGACGGUGGCAGAGGGAACCUCCGAGGACUGCUUGUUCGGGAAUGCAAGUGCGCCUCGAGAGGACGAUCGCUCCACCUACUAACUUCAAACCACACGCAGAUCUACGCACCGACGACGACCACGGGAGACAAUCCGCUCCCGGUCCUCGUCUACUUCCACGGCGGCGGAUUCGAGGACGGAAGCACGCACGACUAUGCACCCGAGCACAUCAUGCAGUCGUCCGCCCAUCCGCUCGUGUUUGUCACAUUCGAGUUCCGGCAGGGUCCGCUGGGGUUCCUGGGCGGUGCUGCGGUAAAGAAACACGGCAGUCUCAAUGUGGGGCUCUUAGACCAGGUUUGCCGAUGCCAUCUUCAGGUCCGCAAUCCCAUGCUCACAGGGCACAACAGCAGGCGGCUCUUCGCUGGGUCCAGCGGUACAUCCGCAAAUUCGGCGGAGACCCGGCGCGGGUGACGAUCUGGGGCGAGUCGGGCGGUGCGGGUGCGACGAUGUUUCAUCUGAUAGGAUCGGAUCCUCGUCUCUUCCACCAGGCGAUGGGGGACAGCCCGUCUCUGAGCUACUUGCCGGCGUACGAUGAUCCAUACGUGGAGUCGCUCUUUACCGAGUUUGCUCGGAACGCGGGCUGCCUCGACUUGGAUUGCCUACGCUCCGUCCCCGCAGACACCAUCGCUGCCGCAGGCCAGAAGGUGCUAGCCUCGCACCCAGCCACGCUCUAUCCCUUCGCCCCAGUCUUUGACGGCGCCUUCUUCGCGCAGCGCCCAGUGGAAGCCUUUUCCAGCGGUCGAUUCGCGCGGGUCCCCGUGCUGUUCGGCUCCAACACCGACGAGGGCGCGGGCUGGAGCGCCAGCCUCGCUGACGGCGCGGCCAACACGGCGUCGCCCAACGCGACGCAGGCGACCGUGUACAGUUUCCUGCGCGGGCAGUACGCGGCGCUCAGCCAGAAGUCCUUCGACACUGCCGUCCGGCUGCACUACCCCCUGGCCGCCUACGGCGGGUCCGUCGGCCUGCAGGCGCAGCAGAUGUACGGCGAGCUCCGGUACAUCUGCACGGCUGUUUUGGUCACCGAGUCUGCCCGGCCGGCAUACCACUACCGCUGGGACAACCCCUCGCUCGGGUCUCACCACGCCGCAGACCUCGCCGCCUUCUUCUGGGACACGUCGGCCUACGGGAACGACGACCGCACCCUGAUCGAUGCGAUGCGGCAGUACUUCACGGCCUUCGUCACGGAAGGAGCGCCCGCCGCACCAACUGCAGCUGUUUGGGCGCCAGUAUCCUCGGCCCACGGCUCACCGCGCCUGCUGCUGAAUCCGUCGGAGAUACGCUUGGAGACCGUCCCGGAGGAUCUGAGUGCGCGUUGUGCGUUUUGGCACGGGAUCGCGGCGGAGCUACGGGUCUGAGCGGGUGGUGGGGGUCGAGGGGUGUUUCGGAAGAGAGGCUCUGAUGCCCAUAGAAGAGGUGUCUGACACCGUAUCAUAGGGUCCCCAGUAGCUUUCCGCCUUGCAGGUUGAAGGAAAAGAUCAGCGCCCAACAAGUCUUUCCGAUUGAUCCGCAACGCCGGCGUUUGCCGAACGCAUUUUGCAGCAGCGGAAAAUACGGUAUGUACACAGGUAGUACGUCUAGAAAGUGUACACGAGGAAUUCCAGCCGACUAGUACCGGGUGCUCUUCGGUUUUACAGAGGCAGAGCCUGAUACACCGCAAGUCAGCCCACGUGAGGGAGGGAGGACAGAGGAUAAAGGCGCACGAGAGUAGAUUUUCUUCACCUUCUUCACCGGCGAUGGAGAGGGCGAGGUCGUGAUGACGAUUUGCUCCCCCCGCUUGACACGGACGACGCUUUCUGUAGAUUCAAUAAGCCCCUAUGCUCGUAACUUGUCAGAGCGCACUGCUCACGGGGAGGGCGUUGUGGCUUCUUGACGGGGCUAGCAGGCGGCGACUCAGAAUAGUCAACCUCUAGAAUCGCAAAAUGGGUCAGUCAGCAGGGGGAGAAAGGAUGACCAACGAGACUGGACUGGGCAACCGCACGCACUCAUCGUUGAUUUCCGUCGGCACCGUCGCUUCUUGGGUGGCUCCUCAAACUCGCUCUCGGACUCGGUGUUCAGCGCGUCUCCCUCAUUCUCCUCAGAGUCCGACUGGUCCCACUCAUUCAUCUUGCGCUUUGCGCAUGUCUUCGCUGCUGCUGUCGAGCGAGGGCGUGAGCCGCACUGCUCGGAUGUUGUCAACUUGAACACGGAGGAAACGCGCCUUCCUUGAGAAGCAGACUUUGGGCGGCCGCGACGUCGCCGGUUUUCUUGAGGAUUUGGGCGAUGUCGCGUUUGGGGUGGCCCGAUGCUUCGGCGAGGUCGUCGAUCGACCGUUGAAUCGUGCGUCGCUGUGUGCAAACAAAGAAGAAGAAAAGAAUGAGAUGCGGCUCUCAGGGAGUACCCAGCGAGCUUACCGCUUCUUCGAAUGUGAAAGAAACGCCGGCGACUGUGAUGAAACAGAGGUCUCUAAGCAUCCAGCAAGACGAGAGAACAUUACGAACCGUUCCACCUAUCGAGAGCAAAGUCAGCAUCAAACCAACCAGUCAGUAUGAUGGGAAGCGUACUCGGCUCGCUUCUUCAGUAUCUCGAUGGCUUUAUGCAAAACCUCCGCCUUCUGGGCAGCAUACGUCCAGCCCUGGGGUUUAUGCCCACGAGACCACAGAUGUUUGGACUUGAAACACUGAGCGUGCCGUAGAAAUUGGGGCCCCGAGUACUCACAUGUGCGCCGCCGAGUCCCAGCGCCCCGAACGUGUCGACGUGCGUGAGAUCUGCCUUCGCAGGCAAGUCUGCGACGAUGCGCGCGAUGGACGCCAUCUCCUCGUCUGUGUACGCUUUGCGGGUGUGGUCCGAGCGGGGCAUAUAUGCUGCGCGAGGGGAGGGUGUAUGCACUAUGUAUGAGGGACCGGUGCAGGAUCUUAUACACAGCUGCUGCCGAGUGUGUGCCGUGGCCGGAUUCUCGGUGUCGAACCACGAGCUUUGGAAGUCCGUGGACGGUGAGACUGUACGUGAUCUGUGCUCGACCGAUCAUCGCAGUCGCUGUCUGCAGCAAGACCCCGUUCCUAUGCUCAGCACCUCUCGCAUGCAUCGGCAUCGAAAUGAAUCUGCUGCUGAGUUGAUAUUCACUUGCGAUGUCUCGCUGCUACUACACCUCUGCUGCGCACGAGAAGAAAGCCGUUCUGGACAGCCGGGAGAAUGCCUGCUACACAAGCGAGGAUUGUGGUGGAGGAGAGAAGGAUGCGGCAUGAUCGGUCCUAUCAAUCGGUGUGGGAACGUCUUAAUGAGCUCACGCGAGGAUCAUUCGAAUCCGACAGCCCAUCCCUUUCAUCGCACCGCAGCAGAACAUGGGCUACGCGUUCACCUUCUCGAUGACUUUGUCGAGGGGCUGGGUUUUUGGAGUCGCGGCUCGCAGUGGAUGAUGGUUCAGGAACAGAGGUCGGUCUGGUUUUAGAAUGUUCCUGUGAUACUUGAGUUAAACUUUCGGGGCCGGCGCUGAGAUCUCAGAAGGCUAGGGUUGACGGCAACGGUAGUCAUCUAAAUGUGUAAGUACCCAGGGUCGAGCUGUGUGGCCCCGGAUGCGGUUCGAAGGAAGCCGGAGGCAGAUCGUGUCAUUUUCGCAUGCAGACAAAGAAAGACUAACGAUUAUACCGCAUGUUUGGGCCACUUUGGACCAAGUCCAAAGAAAGAAAUCUGAACAGGAA